AAUACAUGUACACGUAACUGAUUUAAUGCGCAUGCGUUCGAAAACGAAAAUGCAGGGUUUUUAUGUUGUUAAUUAACUAAAGUUCAUGUUCGAUUCCUGACAAAAUGAGUGGACAGUUGCCAGAUAGGUACAUGGAUAAGCUGGAGUCCUGGAUUGGCACGGGACCCAAGAUCUUCACCUUGCUCUACAAGAUAACCAGGGACGGAUGUAAUGCUACAACAUUCCACCAGAAGUGUGACAACCAGGGACCCACUGUGACGGUUCUGUACAACCAACAGGACUCCGUGUAUGGGGGGUACGGGAGUUUGAGCUGGAACAGUAGUGGAAAUUAUAUUCAAGAUACAAACGCUUUCCUAUUUCAAAUGAAGUAUUCAGGCAACGAUACGCAUACAAAGUUUCCAGUUACACAGGCGAUUUAUGGGUUGUAUGGACACUCAACAUACGGACCAGCGUUCGGUAGUGGACACGACCUCUACACAUUUAGCGGCACAGUUAAUAGCUCUGGGGGCUAUUAUGCUUUGGAUGGUUAUGUGAGAAUUGGUAAUGCCUUCAACAACCAAAGUAUCGAUGCUAAACAAAUUAACAACGGAAAUAUGUACGUCACUGAGCUAGAGGUGUACAGUGUUACAGAUGGUGAUCGGAAAAAGUCCCCACCACAAGCUUCGCAACCCUGGAGAAAAACUCCGGAAUGGAAUGAAAAGUUCCUUGAGACGCUUACCGAGGACAUCGUUUCGUUUAAACCUUCCGGGGAAUUGGGACUAUCUGAUGUCCGUAUCCUGAUGUUGGGCCCAGUGGGGACGGGCAAGUCCAGCUUCUAUAACACCAUCAACUCGGUGUUCAAGGGCCGUAUUUCGCAGAGAGCUCGAUGUGGGAAUGCUACACACAGUAUUACAACAGCAUACACCCCCUACUUAGUGAAGGCGCGUUCAGGAGCUUCGUUGAAUUUCAGGUGUUGUGAUACACGUGGUCUAGAAGUCACGCAAGGUCUUGACAUUCUGGAAUGCAAUUACUUACUCGAUGGAAACAUUCCAGACUAUUACGAGUUUAACCCAGCCACGCCAAUCUGCCCCGACCAUCCCGGGUUCGUGCAUCAUCCGAGAGUACCUGAAAAGAUUCACUGCGUUCUGUUUGUAAUCGAUGCAAAAACUGUGGGCGAUAUUCCACCGAAAUUGGUCGAAAAGAUGAACAGCUUUCAAAAAAUCAUGAAUCACAAGGGUAUUCCACAAGCCGUUCUGCUGACCAAAGUCGACCUGGCCUGUCAGGACGUUGCCAGUAAAAUCUCCAACGUGUUCACCAGCAAGAAAAUUGAGGCUGCGGUGGACAAGGUAUCCGGGCUUCUAGGGUUGCCUAGAAACAACAUACUUCCAGUUAAAAACUACGAGAAUGAGAUGCAGCUGGAUGACAACAUCAGUAUCCUGGCGGUGCUUGCAGUGCGGCAGGUGUUGUACUUUGCAGAAGAUUACAUUGAGAACCUUCAGGAGAAGAUGAGCGCGCGCGCGCGAUGUCUCCAGUGAGAAGCCGAACAAAAAGGGAAAUAAAGAGAAACGAAGUGACAAAGAAUAAUCAAAGCACUAUUGCAAUCAAAAAGUUUGAACACCAUAUAUUGGAAUAAACUUUCAAGGCAUAAAGAAUACCAUCUAUUCUAAAGGAUGAUGCUUUUUGAAAAUAUGCUUAUGAAAGACAUUAUUCUAUUUAGCUCAAACAAAAUCGUAUUGUUGAAAAUAAGAUGAAAAACAUACGUUAAAUGGCAUGUUGGCGUUUUUUAUUCGUAAUGAAUCGCAUAUUGUAACAUGAAAGAUAUGUUUGUAUAUUGAUGUAUGUGUACUUUCUGAUUGCCUUUUGCUUGAUAAUUAAUAGAUAGUAUUAUAUACGAAAAAAUGAUUUCACUUUCUUCUUGUAUUCAUAUUCUAUAAUUGUUUUUGUAUUAUUGUGUCCAAGUGUUCUACAUACUCAGUCAUAGUAGUAGUGCUUGAAUUUGUGUGCCACUUGUUUUAAAUAUAUAUUUGGAACGGCUUGGACUAAUGUAUACUAUUGUAAUAAAAUUUGCAUCUUUCAA